CUCCACCACCACCACCACCACCACUCCUUCCCUCACUGGUCCUAAUUGGGUUUUUUGGGGCGGCGGAGAGCUGUGACGCCUCUCAGCCUGAUGACAUCACCCAGCCAGUCACACACAGUCGGACCGCGGCGCGCACGGAGGAACUAGUUGUCGGAGUGGAGAGGAGCGCGGCAGUACUUCAUUACGACCAGAGCACCAGCUGGGAGAAAUAUUCACCUGUGCGCCGCCGGGACACAUUCACCAGGAUUUUUCAUUCUUUUUUUUUUUAUAUAAAAGCAGACUCCGUCUUAAAGGCGCAGCGUGGGGGGCAGUGUCUCUGUCCUGAAGACGAAACAAGUUUAUUUGAGCCUUUUUCCCCUCAAAACACUGACCCGCAUCUGAAGGGUUUCGGUCCGUACAGUUACUCCGGAGAGGCUGCUUUCGUAAAGGGGACCGUAAUCCACCAUGGCGAGACAUGACGCCCGAGACCGCUCCAGAAUGAUCGGACUGCUCUGCUUGGCCGCGUCGAUACUUGUGCAACACGGAGCGUCGGGUCAGCGGGUGAAGGUGGAGCCAGAGGUGUUGUCGUAUCCUGGCCAGACUGUGAACCUGCGCUGUGCCUUCACUGAUCCCACCGGCAUUCAGCUCACAAUGGUCACAUGGAUCUACGAGCCAAAGGAUGGAGAAAGGAUCAACAUUGCUGUGUUUCAUCCCAACUUUGAUCCCAACUACCCCAACUCACCCAUGAAGGGCAGAGUCAGCUUCACACCCAGUCCUCCAAUCCUGGCCAGUCCCUCCAUCGAGAUCAGCAAUGUCAGGAUGGUGGAUGAAGGGAAGUACAUCUGCGAGUAUGCGACCUACCCAAGUGGCAACGAGCAAGGCAUCACGUACCUGGUCAUGCUGGCUAAGCCUCAGAACUCGGCCUCCAUCGUGACAGUGGUAGCGGGCAUUAAGCAGGUCGUCGUGGCGCGCUGUGAGUCCGUGGAUGGCCGCCCCGCUGCCGAGAUCUCCUGGGUGACCACGGCCAACGGCAAUGCCACAACGGUGUCCAAGACGGGUACCGACAACACGGUGACCAUGAGCAGCGAGUACCGCAUGGUUCCCACGGCGGCAGACAACGGGAAAGACCUCAGCUGCGUGGUGGCACACAGGACCCAGGUCAAACCGGAUAGCAUCCCAUUGAAGCUAGCAGUUGAGUACCCCCCUCAGGUGACAAUAGUGGGUUAUGACAAUAAUUGGUACGUGGGUCGUACAAAUGUGGAGCUCAACUGCCAGGCGACCGGAAACCCUACUCCGUUGACCGCCCAGUGGAAGACGAUGUCAGGAGAGAAGAUUGACACGGUGGUGAUCAAAGAAAAUGUGCUGAAGGUGCUGAAGGUGGACGAUUCCGUCAACACGACUUUUGUCUGCGAGGUCAAGAACCGCAUCGGGACCGGCAGGGACCAGGUCACGGUCAUUGUCAGAGAGCCCUCAGUGAACCCAUCCAAUGCCGGCGUGGUGGCGGGAGCUGUGAUUGGCUCCCUGCUGGCCCUCCUUUUGGUCGCCGCUCUCAUCGCCGUGCUUGUCACCCGUAACCGCAGGCAACAGCAGGGUUAUCGUGGCAAUGGCGGCAGUGACAUGAAGACGCGCAUAUUUGGCGGCGGCAAGAAGGCCAGCAAGAACGGCACGGGUGGAGGCGGGGUCGGAGGCGGCAACAACAACGGCCCCAACUACGCUUACAACGAGAGCUCCACCCACCCGGGCCUCGGCGAGAAAAACAACCACCACCAGCCGCUCACCAUCGGGGGCCGGCCUGAAGAUGUUGCCACUACACCCACCGCCCAAGAUAUUCUGCUGAGCAAUGAGUUAGAUGAUGCGGAAAGGAGGAAGUUUGAUGAGCUGGAGGAGGACGAGAGGUAUGACCACUUCACCGGAGGGGCCCCCAUCCUUCAGCUUCGCCCACCGCAUGACCAGGACGAUAUGAUUGGAAAUUACAUUGAUGAUGACAUGGAGUCCCAGCGGGACGGCUCCGUCAUCUCACGGACUGCUGUUUACGUAUAGAGAAGGAAAGGAGGAAAGGAGGAGGAGAAGAAAAAAGGAGGGAUGGAGGAUUCCUCCCCGAGGAUUUUGUGGCUCAAGGGCCUCGUCCCUGGCUGAUGGAGAAGAGAAAAACAAUACCACUUUUAUUUUUGAAAAUUGAUUUGAAACAUAGCCUAUUAUUAAUCACAGUGCAGCCCCAGAUUGGACUGAAUGAACAGGUGGGUGUGGAGGGAUAUUCUGAAAAGAGCGUUGCUGUUAUCUGGUUCCUAAGAAGUUGAAAUCAAACAGAGAAAAGAAACUACUUGUCUCACACUGCUUCUGCUCAUGCUAUCGCUAUCACUGGGACCUUGACAAGGCCUCUUGACAGACAGACUAAAACGGAGGAACUGUGUAGUGUGGGAGUAGAAUAAUGGAAUCUUGAUACAAGUUUGGCUAUAGAGGCGGCAACUCACUUGCAUAUUCACUCUUAUCUUCACCAAAGCUGUAGAAGUGGAAGGGGUUGUCAAGCAGUUGCGUCUUUCCUGCUAUCUCUUGUGGGAAACCUUUUUUGUUUUGGUAAUGCAAAGUGCAAUGACAGCUGGUGGGUAGUUGGUAGCUAGUGACGGGUUGGGAGGAAGGUAUUUGAAGGUAUAGACUGUAGCGAUCAGCUGAUUUAGAGAAGAUAAACAAAGUAUUUGUCUACUGGUGAGCUUUCAUUUCUACCCUCUCUGCCUUGCUCGCAAACUUCUCUGCAAACUAUCAGCAGCAGCAGACCUGCUUGACUUAACCACAUUUAUAAAGAACAUUAGGUCCUUAUUUGCUGGCACAAAUACAAGAGCAUCCGAUUCCAACAAAGUAAGCUAGCACAGAGUUUGAGCUAGAGCUCUCAACAAGAUCUUCACAUGCAAACUUUGGUCCUGUGCCUGGAGGUAAGAGAGACGGUAAGCAAGAGAUGAGGGAGUGAGGUGUAGUCAAUCUGACAGGGUCAAGGGAGGGAGAGAGGGAUGCAGGAGGCAGGAGGACUAGAGAGGAGCAUGUCUGUUCUUUUUCUCUUCCUCCUCAUCCCCGUCUCUUCGGAGCGCUCCUGACAGGAAGAGCUUGAUUGGUAAUGAGCCGUGAAGUCGCUCGCUUAGCUGGGACCAACAGAUUGCCACCACUUAUCGUUUAUGACGUGGCGAUUGCUCCCCCCUCCCACCUCCAAUCGCUCCAUCGUUCCUCUCUCCGUCUCUCCGUCUCUCUCUCUUCAUCCCUCUCUCCCAGUGUUUAUGGGGAGUUUAUGAUUUAUCCGGUUGUGUCGAGGUCAGGGCCACAGAGAGCAGCGGGGUAUUUUACAGCUUCUGAUGUGUCAAACGCCCCACUUACUCUAUUCCAGCGAAGCGAGCCCUGACAUGCUAGGACUGACUAAUCCACCUGGAGUGACCACGUUCACUCCGCCGCAUGGACGCUAACCGUCUCCACCCACACUUUAGUAAAUGGCCGAAUGUAACAUAACCCCACCCCCAAAGCGAAGCCACGUUAUGGUCAGAUGGAUUUUCAAUGAGUUACAUGUGAUAUUUCUUUCCAUUAGCGGACGGCGUUAAAUGCAUUGAAUUGAUCGGGAGACAUAAAAGGUUGCGUCCACAGCGAAGCUCCAGGAGUCAUAUUGACUAACGGGCAACAAGCAGUGAAAUGGCCCCUUUAUGAUGCAGCUUCAAGGCUGAUUGUCUCCUGACUGUUAAUUUAUCCUUCUAACGAGCCACCGGAGGCCCGUUCGGACAAAUGCUACUGCACGCUGCUGUCUUUGAGGCCGUACAUCUGCAUGCGUCACUGUAUCUAUGUAGGCACUGGAUGACUGUGAUGGACAAUCUUGGAGAGAAGUCCUACUGUAGCUCUUCUAAUCAUGAAGAGCCCCCCCCCCCCCCCGCCCCACUGGUAUUCGGGUGAGUGCAGCUCUCGAUGACUGUACUGCCCUCCUGUAAGAACCCAGCAAAGAUCUGGGUUGCAGUUCGCUGCAGGUCAUGAGGUCAAAUGCAGGGUGAGCCAUUGCCAAGAGCAAGGGUGACUGCGAUUGCCAGCAUUUCCUAUCAUAGCUGUUUUUAACCUUGAGCUAUAGAGGUGAGAAACACUCCCAUACAGUACAAGUAUCUGUAUAGGGCGAGCAGUGCUAGCUUGCCAUUGUGAUGGCUUUUAACCUUUUCUAGAGAGAUGGAGAGGGAGCAAAGGAGAGACACAGGAGGCAGAUGACAGAAACAGAGAGACGGCUUUCAGUGUUUGAGCAGUGUCUAGCAUAUUGUAAGCCAGUGUGUUCAAUAGGAUUAGCGUCUAAUGGCCUUAGCUUAUACAUAAAUGCAGCUCCUGUCAACCUUGGGUACAGUAAAUUUCUGAACACAGCUGAUUUGUCACAACCACUAAAAAUAAGAAAAAAUGCAUUUACUUAUUUUUGCACUUGUGUGGGUCACCGCUGCAAAGAGAAAUAUAAGUAAUAUGAAAUACUUGGUUCAUGGGGUCAAAAUAGCGACAAAACUGUUGUAUGUACAUUUUGGUGUGAGGUAUCUGUGUACUAUAUAUGUAAGCUUCUUUAUUUUUCUUGUGAAAAUGUGGAUAUUUAUGACAAUGUAAAUAUCAGAUCGAUGGAGCCAGUGUUGUGGAAGUAAAGAGGAAGGCGUUGUGCGUUCAGCCAAGCCUGAAGUUCAAAUGUUUCACAGGUUAAUUCAGAAUGUAAUUUUUAAUCUAAUGAAUACCUCGGUGGUUUGGAUGUUAAAAAACAUGCUGGACCAACUGAGCUGAGUUUGCCUAAAGAGUCGAUUUGUAUAGAUAAAAAAAAAAAAAAAAAAAAA